CUUGGAUCCCGAUGAACAGGCCUUUUGGCAAUUGUACAAUGAAUUGAACACUCCAAGUUCUUCUAUGGAGAGCCUCAGCAGGGAGGAAUCUCCGUCAACCGAUCCAUGUUCUUUGUGUGGCCCUUCAGCCAUGGAGGUCGAGAUGGGCCUCUCAUUCCAGCCGGGUACAUCGUUUCUUAGUCUACCAGAAACUGCCAAGAUCAAGAUUCUAGAGUAUGCUGGACUGCUACGCCCUUGUCUGAUUGAUAUCACAAGCGAGUGUGUCCGAAGGAACCCCACUCUUCAACCCUUGUGUAGUCGCACCUCCAUGCGUGAGACUAAGGGGUCAUGGACUGCCUUUGUUGACAGGGGCUGUACUCAUCCUCGGCUGCCCACUGCAUUGUUCCAGACCUCUCGUGCCGUCCGCGAUGAAAUUGGUCCUUUAUUUUUUGGCCUCAACAGAUUCAGCGCUACUCUCUACAAGAAGGCAGACUUUUGCAAGUUCCGUGAAGCGACACUUUGGGGUAUGGAGCACUUGAAAUAUCUUCAUAUUGACCUGGGUCCUAGUGAUAGGCGCUUUCUCAAGCUAUCUGGAGGGAUCCAUCGGACAAUCAUGAAGAUGUGGGUCGCUUUCUGUGACUUGGCUGCGAUGAAGAUGCCUUCUCUCACGUACUUCAGCCUGAAGUGCAGGGUUAAGGAUCUAGAGGUUGCGCACAAAUUGAUGUGCGCAAUGGAUCGUUUCCCUUCUUUGGACCAAUGUGCUAUUCAUCUCAAUCAGUACCAGGAGAAUGACAUUCGAGCUGUGGUCAAGCGAACCUGCUGGCGGCUGACCAACAACCUUGGAGAUAGGCCUCCGUUUAGAUUCCUUCGACUUCCAAAAGAGGUUCAGCUUCUUAUACUCGAGCAACUUCUAAUCAACCGUCCUGAUCCUUAUAUCAUGGCUUCAGAGUGUCCAAACGGCCUCGUAACUUUGCAAGACCGCAGACGUCAACGACCGACUAUUUAUCCCCUCACUUGUUGCGGGACUUGCUCACCUUUGCGAGCCAUGUGCUUCUGUUACGCUCGCCAAACGGCCUUCUCCACCACCUGUUCUUGUUUCUCUUCACCCACGCCCUAUUUUCUGGUCAGCCGAGAAUUCUAUGAGGAUGCCCGUCGGGUCUUUUUCUCGAAGAACAACUUUGCAUUCACGGAUGAAGACCCUGAGCUCAUAAUGAGACUCCUGCAUUAUAUCCCUACGUCUUCCUCCAUGCAGAUCAGGCACCUGACUUUCAAGUUUCCGUUGACCUUUCGAAGCCCUGCCAGAACUGCUCACAGAGUGGAGGAUGCAGCACUGCUGUCUUGGUCGGUGUUGCGCCGCUUCAUCCGCGAACACUUUGAUAUUCCUCACCUGUCCCUCACAAUAAUCGACCUUGGCACGAAGAACUAUGGCAAUGGAGCAAUUCAGAGUAGGAACAAAUACCUGCGCAAACUUCUUAAGGCAUUUGUAGACCUACGCGGCCUCCGGGACUUUCGUGUAUAUUUGGCGGAUGAGCGUUCAUAUGAAAAGGACGUGGAACGGGCUGUGCUGGGUUUUGCAUGUCAUGGAAGAUCCAAACCCAGCCACAUGCCAUUUAUUGGCCAAAAACAUCUGAACACAUAAAACCCCAUUUUGGGACCAAACAGACUCUGGCUGAUAUUAAUUACCACUGGAUUGUCCCGUAUCUUUCGCCUAUUCUUUGGGUUUCGUUUUUUAAUGCCUGAUGAUGAGACGAACAAAACAUUUCAUAGUAUUCCCCUCGCGCGCUCGAGCUCGAGACGCAAAGAUCCUUGCACACAGAUCAUCCAAGCUCAGAAAUCGGUUGGUAGAUAUUCACCAACAAGUCGCCUCGAGAAGAUCCAAUUCCAUACCCCAAUCUACGGGGACGCGGCCGUCUAAGAAAGUAUGGAGGAUAUGCUUGUGAAUAUCUCUUUUCUUCUCGAACACUCUAUCCAUUUGUUGCCUCCCUUUCGUUCG